AACCCUAGAACCAUAAUAUGCGUAAAUUUUACGCAUAUACAAUUUUCAAAUUGUGUUUGCACAAGUGUGCCAUGACGUAACGGUACCCAGCGCCGGCAGUGCUUGUAGCAAUUAGUUUUAUAUAUGCAGGAAUGAGAAAACCCAGCAAAUGUGGUCAUUUGAAGGUUUGAGAGCAAGUGCAGCACAAGUCUAUGCGUAAAAUUUACGCAUUGUUGGUAAAAAGCGAAAAAAUCGAAUACGUAAAAUUUACGCAUUGUUGGUAAUAAGUGGAAUAAUUAUUCGUAAUAAAAGUAUACAACUGUUGUGCAAAUUUUAUGUAGGCUUGUUUUCACUGACGAAAUGGCAGCUGGAAAACCGUGUUUUUCAAAACAAAAAUUUGAUGAUGACGAUAUAGAGGUUAUUCUGCAUGAUGAAGAUUUUAGUGAUAUCAGUGGAGAUGGAGAAGAGGAAAAUGAAGAUUUCGAUAGCGAUGAUAGUUUGGCCGAUAUGAGCUAUUUUCCUGAUCCAAUUGAUGAAGCAGAGGUAGAAAAAGAACUAGAAGUUGUCUGGUCUGAAAAAAGAAAAACAGCAACAGCAUUGGAGGGGAAUAAGCAGACAAAAAUAAAACGUAAAACUUUAACAUUGCCAAAUUUGGAACAAGAGUUGGAUAACCAACUUGCGGAAAUUGGGGAAAAUAGUCAAAUUUUGGGCAAAAACGGUCACAUUUGGAAUAAUUUUCCAAUAAAACGUGAAUACGGUAAAUGCGCAGCACGAAAUAUUAUAUACAUUCGGCCAGGACCAUCGGGUAACGCCAAUGAAGCCAUGGAACCAAGCGAUGCAUUUAAACUGUUUAUUAGUGACGAGAUAUUGAAUAUUGUUUUAUACCAUACAAAUGCCAAAAUUUCUCAACUAAGAAAUAAAUAUCAAUCAAGAAAUGCCACGGUUUCAAAUACAAGUCUUAUGGAAUUGAAAGCCUUGUUGGGUUUGCUGUAUUUGUCUGCUGUUUUGAAGAGCAACCAUCUAUCAACUGAUAUCUUGUUUGACACUUCUUAUUCGGGCGAUCGAUAUAGAGCGACAAUAAGUAGACAUAGAUUCGAGUUUCUUCUAAACUCACUUCGUUUCGACGAUAUGACUAAAAGAGAAGAGCGGAAGAAAAAGUCUUCAUUUGCGCCAAUUUCUGAAAUUUGGGAUAUUUUUGUUGAUAGUUGUACAAAGAAUUUUAAGCCUGGUUCCUAUGUAACCAUCGAUGAGCAACUUGUUGGUUUUCGAGGUAGAUGCCCAUUUAGGAUGUAUAUUCCGAACAAACCAAAUAAAUUCGGAAUAAAAAUUGUAAUGGUCUGCGAUGUCGCUACAAAAUACGUUAUUAACGCAGAGCCGUAUCUCGGAAAGUCUACUAAUACUCAAGGAAAACAACUAGCCAAUUACUUUGUUGAAGGACUGACGAAACCUUUGCAUGGAAGUAACCGGAAUAUAACAAUGGACAACUGGUUUACGAGCAUCCCUUUGGCAACAAAACUGUUAAGUAAUCCCUACAGUAUGACAAUUGUUGGCACACUACGUAAAAAUAAAGCUGAAAUACCACCGGAAUUACUUGACACUAAGUCACGGCAGUGUGGCUCAUCCCGAUUCGUUUACAAUGAGAAUAUGACUUUAGUGUCAUUCCAGCCAAAACAAAAUAGGAAUGUACUAUUACUUUCGACGAUGCAUAUUAAUGGAGCGCUAGACCCAACCACAAAAAAACCUGAAAUUAUACUCACAUAUAAUUCGACCAAAGGCGCAGUUGACACUUUUGAUCAGAUGACUCAAAAUAUUUGCUGCAACAGAAAGACGAAACGGUGGCCACUUUGUUUCUUUUACAAUAUGUUAAAUAUUGCUUCAGUUAAUGCCUAUGUUUUAUAUAGUCACAAUGUAACACGAAACGGUCUUAAGCCUAUGAGUAGGUCAAAGUUUGUACUUAAACUUCAUGAAGAACUCACACAACCGUGGCAAAAGGAACGAUUGCUAAAUGCACGGUUGCCUACAAAAUUAAAAGAAAAAAUAAAUGAAAUAAUAAAAACUAACAACCCAAUAGGUUCAAUAGUUAGUCAAAAAGCUUCUCCGCAAAAGGCGAAAAGGAAAUACUGCACAUUUUGCCACUACACAAAAAGACGAUUUACUACAACAUAUUGCUCUGUAUGCAAAUCAUCAGCAAUUUGUGGUGAACAUCAAAUUAAAGUUUGUAAAAACUGUGUUAAUGAAAUUUAAUCUAUUCCUUCUCUUUUCUUUAAUAAAAUGAACUGAAUUUUCUUUUAAAAUCUUAUACUUUAUUUUAAAAAUAAAUUGUUUGAUAAGAAUUAUCAAUUUAGACUGCAAAAUGGCUCAAAAUCGGGUUAUAUUAGGCGGAUUCUCAUUUCUGCGUAAAAUUUACGCAUAGUUGGUCUUAACGUAGUAUAGAAUGACGUUAUGGUUCUAGGGUUA